AUGUCAGUUGCAUGCAGCAUUUUUGCCGUCCUAAUCUUCUCCAUUUUAUCAUGUUGCUGUUUUGAGCGUUCUCUUUCUUCUGCGCGCUGUAGCCGCUACCUUCAGGUUACAGACAACCAAGUGGGAGAGAUCACAAGUUCAGCAUACCAUAGCUACUCUUAUCGAUAUGGCGCCACCUACGACUGCUGGCUCAUCAAGGGAUUGGAAAACCAGCCUAUUGUACUCAGCUUCUCUCAGUUUUCUGCACGAUGCAGGAAGGAAUGGGUUUCGAUUAAGUCAUCCGUUGGUGGGGAGCCCAUGGUGCUCUGUGGAAAACUGCCCCAGCCCAUAGAGUUUCCUGGGGGGAAUAUUACCAUUAUCCACCAUUUACUCCCUCACCUGUUUCCUGUCUCAUCAUUUCGUUUGAACUAUGCUAGAGAUUCUGGCUUAUGCCCCGAGACGUCCUUUCAGUGCCUGGGGGGGCGGUGCAUUCCCCUGUCCUGGCUCUGUAAUGGCCAAGUCGAGUGUUUAGAUGAAGGCAUUGGUUUUGGUAGCGACGAACAAGACUGUGAACCAGAAGUUGACCCGCCAGAACCCACCAGAGUCAGCUACACUUCUGCAGGAGAGAAUAAUGUGGAGACUUACACAGAAAAGAACCGCGCUGUGGGUCAGACCGCCAUCGACACAGAGUCCGAUCUCUGGGCUUUGCUUCAAGGGCGUCGUGGAGAAGAGAGUGAGGUGGACCAGGUGCUCAGUGCAGUGACCCCUGCGCCUGUGGACUGGCCCUGUGGGGGGCUGCUACAGACCUUCUAUGGCACGUUCUCACCUCCGAUUCUUCACGGCCCUGCAGUCUUUUGUGUGUGGACAGUGGACCCCGAGGACUCCAGGCCCCUCCGACUGGACCUACAGCAGCUUUUACUUGGUCCCGGUGACAAACUCACAGUGUACAACAGAGGACAAGGCAAAGGGGAUAUUCUCAAAAUGAUCACCAGUAGUUGUAAUUACAAAUCGAUCCAAGUAGAGUCUCACACUGGCAUAUUAUCUCUGACUUACCAAACCAUUCCUGGUUCAGAGGGAAGUGGUUUUAAUGCUACCUUCCGCGUGGGAACCUACUGUCCUCCAUGGGAAGGCAGAUGUGGUGGUGCCGCCGGGGGAUGCUUCACACAGGAGCAGCGCUGCGACGGUAAAUGGGACUGUCCAGAGACGGGUCGGGACGAGGAGGGCUGCAGAGGCUGUAGUCGCAGUCAGUUUGCCUGUGGGGUGGCAGGCCAGAGGUCUGUGGCAUCCAGCCACUUCACUGGCAGACCUGUGUGUUACCCAGUCACUGAGCGAUGCAACUACCAGCUGUACUGCGCCGAUGGGAGCGACGAGAAGGACUGCACCGUGUGUCAGCCGGGAACUUUUCAUUGUGACAGCGAUAGGUGUGUGUUUGAGACGUGGCGCUGUGACGGCCAGGUGGACUGUAAGGACGGCACUGAUGAAAUGAACUGCACUGUCAUCCUCCCGCGCAAAGUCAUUACUGCUGCUACAGUCGGGAGUCUGGUGUGUGGGCUGCUGCUUGUGAUUGCCAUGGGCUGUACCUGCAAACUGUACUCUCUCAGAACCAGGGAAUAUAGCAUGUUUGCACCCAUCAGUCGUCUUGAGGCGGAGCUUAUACAACAGCAGGCCCCGCCUUCCUAUGGCCAACUGAUUGCCCAGGGUAUAAUUCCCCCAGUAGAGGAUUUUCCUACAGAAAACCCCAAUGAGACUUCUUCUCUGUCUUUGAGAGGAAUCCUUCAGCUUCUUCGACAGGAUGCAGCCAACUCCCCACACCGCAGACGCAGGCCCAGGUUUGUGCGACGGGCCGUGCGAAGAAUGAGGAGAUGGGGGCUCAUUCCCAGAACGUCCUCGCGACCGUCUCAGGCCUCAAACUCCAACCCACCUCAGGCUGAAGCGCCCUCCACUCCCCAUGGACCAGCUCAUCCCACAACCCCCAGCUCCUCUUCAGGUGUGGAAGCCGUCAAUCAACCCGUGCCUCAGAAACUGGGCUUGUCUCAAACAGAGCAGCCACAAGACGCCCUUCCACUUGCUCCUUCCUCACCCCCCCCUGCUUCCCCUCCACCUCCUCCAUACGCCCCUCCCCUCUCAGACACUGCCCGCACUCCUCCGGUCACUGUUCCUCCCAGCAGCCCCUCCCUGGCCUCUAUCUUCCACACGCUGGGGCUGAGCAUCUCUCUGUUCAGAGCCUCUCCUUCCAAUAACUCCAUGCCUCUGUCUGCGUCCCCGUCCUUCUCGUCGUCCUCCUCUGAUGAUGACGUUCUGCUCAUUCCGCUGUCAGAGGACACUUCCUCCACCGCUUCAGAGGAUGAUGUACCCAUGCUCACUUGA